AUGGAAAGAUUUCUACGCUCCUGGCGGCAGGACGCGUUAAACCGUGGCCAGCAUGAUUCCGCAAUCUACAUUGGGGACAAAGUCCUGGCGCUUACCAACAGUGACUCCGACGCGUUUUGGCUGGCUCAAGUACAUUUUUCAAAUAACAACUUCACGCGCGCCCUAGCUCUUCUCUCCCGCAAGGAUCUCGUCUCUCGAAGCACAGCCUGCCGCUAUCUUGCUGCACACUGCUACAUCAAACAGAACCAAUUCGAACAAGCUCUCUCUAUUCUUGGUGAACACAACCCCACGGACCUCAUCCGAAAUAACCACACCCGGCGCAAGAUCCAGCACCAAAGCCAUGUGACACUGCGCAAUGGGAAGAGCGCGACUCCCCGCAGCGACCGAGCCGAGGAGCGAGAACGUGAGGAUGCGAACAAUGUACGAUUCGAAGCCGCCAUGUGCUAUUUACGGGGGCUUUGCUUCGCCAAGCAGAAUGCAUUUGAUCGUGCCCGAGACUGUUACAAGGAUGCCGUGCGGAUUGACGUGCAGUGUUUUGAAGCAUUCGACCAGCUCAUGAAGAACUCUCUAAUGUCCCCGACGGAGGAAUUGGAAUUCCUGGAAUCAUUAGACUUUGAUUCCGUCUCAUCCCCAGAUCCCAUGAUGGCACAAGAAGCCGCCCACUUUACGAAGAUGCUUUACACGACCCGCCUAUCCAAAUACUCCUCCCCUACCAUACUCUCCGACGCCACUGAAACCCUAUCCACCCAUUAUAAUCUUGCAGAGAAUCCCGAUAUCCUUUUAUCCCGCGCCGAAGCUUUGUAUACGCAAUGUCGGUUUGCAGAAGCUCUGGAAUUGACUUCCUCUAUUCUCUCCACCUCGCAAUCAACCGACCUGCCGUCUACAAAUCCCAGCAUCCCGGCACAGAACAACCUUGGCCAUGCCCCAGCCAUUUAUCCACUCCACUUGGCUUGUCUUUACGAGACCGGUGCCACGAAUGCCCUAUUCCUACUCUCCCACAUGCUCGCGGAUCAUUCUCCGGAGGAGCCUUACACAUACCUGGCAAUUGGAGUCUACUAUCUGUCAGUAUCGAAGGUGGCUGAGGCGCGGCGCUUCUUCUCGAAGGCGUCACUGCUAGAUCCACAUUCGGCCCCGGCUUGGAUUGGGUUUGCGCAUACCUUUGCCGCAGAGGGCGAACAUGACCAAGCUAUCGCGGCGUAUAGCACGGCUGCUCGACUUUUCCAGGGCAGCCAUCUUCCCCAACUCUUCCUAGGAAUGCAACAUCUCGCCCUCAACAACAUGUCUCUGGCGCACGAAUAUCUAUGUGCCGCUCACGCUAUGUCAACUGGAGCUGCCCCCGGCUCUGUGCCUUCCCUCCCAGCUAAUCCUUCAGGGAUUGUCUCCGCCGUUGGCGGGGACCCACUGGUCCUUAACGAGCUUGGGGUUGUCUUUUACCACCAGAAUAAUCUUAGCGACGCCAUCGGGUUGUUUGGGCAAGCACUGGCUUUAGCUACUUCUCUCCACUGCGAACCCAGUGCCUGGGUCAUGCCUACCGUCGCAUGGGCCGCCUGUCGGAGUCGCUUCGUGAAUUUGAUGAAUGUCUCCGUGUGGGGGGCAGGAGGGAGCAGCAUGGGCUACUCACCAUUUCUGGGUGGUGGGACGGGCGGUUCAGCGGCGAUCGCUACCGCAUCUGGGGUCGGGGGCUACGAAGAUCGGGGGCUGAUCGGUUCUCUUCAUACAUCUCGUGGCCUUGUAUUACUGGAGCUGGGAAGAACCACGGACGCGGUGACUGCCCUGCAUGAGGCUGUACGUGUACUGGGAGCGAGUGGCGGCGGCGAUGCAGCCGGAGGUGCGGGUGUGGCCGGUACAUUACUUUCUCGUGCACUCGAGCUCUGGGCCAUGGAGGGGCGACAAAAGGACCGCACGACUUUCGAGGAGAGUAUGCGAGAAGCUAGCGCAGCCUCCUCCAAGCGCCGGGGAUCUACUCGAUCUCGUGAACACAAGGGCAAAGAGCGAGUCCCCCCAGAAGAGAUGUCUCGACGACGUGGGCGUCAGGAGCCCUUUGUGGAAGGCUGGACGGAGGAGAUGGCCCAGGUCGCCACGCCCGCGGCCGAAGAUGAAAAGGUUGAAAUGGAUCUUGACGACGAAGCUGACGGGCUAUUACGCCGAGCUCUCGGCCGUGUGCGACACAGCCGACAACGUCGACCAGCAAUACCUGCUACCCCGGAUAUGGAUGCCAAUCAGACGCCUGCUCCAUCUAAUGGUCGCCGAGGGAUACGACAUGGGCGAAGUCAUUCUGGACAAUGA